UCAGACAUUUAUAUUUUUAUAAACAAAAUUAUCAAUUUUUAUUUUACAUCUGAUUCAUAGAAAUAUUAUAUUUUGCGCUUGCUACGUACAAUGUUUGGUACGAUCGAUUCUCCGAUAAUACAGAAAACCGUCACGUGUACCUUCCAUUGAAACGAGCGUGCGUAUUGACAUACGUUUAUCAUGUAUUUUCUAAGCCGUGGUUGCUACAGAAGGCUAGUAAUAAGUGUUCUUAUUUCAGAUAUCUGUUGAUGAAAAGAAUAAAAAAAAAAAAGUGACGUGAUAGUGUCAGUAAUUGAUCAGCACUCUAGAAGUACAUUUCUUGUAAUAUCCUUGAAUGUUAACGCAUUUUAAUGAAAGUAUCAAAAUGGAUAAGGUUAUUCAAGUGCAGUCAGGAUGAGAAAUAGGAAUUGUAUGAAUGAAGGCCCUGAAACCUACAAAUGUGAAAUUGAUAAAUACAGACUCUGGGGGAUAAGGAUAUCGACGUAUUGCAAUAUUGCAAGAUGGAUUUAUGAAUAUAUAUAUAUAUACGAUAUUAAAAGUUAUCAACAUUUUCUAUAUUUCUUCAAAAUCUAUCUUUGUGUUUAUAUAGAUUUUUUUGCUUAUUUUUGUUAACUUCAAAACGUUUAAUAAACAUAUAAAGUGAAGAAAGUGAUAAUGAUUAGAGAGAUAUAUAUAUAUACAUACACAUAUAUAUUCUAAUCAAUUAAGAACUCACCAUCAAUGUAAAAAAAAAACGAAAGCACGAAGGUAGAUAAUCCAGAUUGUAAUUUUAUACACUCGAAGCCAUAUCGCUAGGUCUCGAAGCAGCAGGUUGAUGAAAAGUGGGGGGGUGGAAAUGGGUCGAGGGUCAAAAUGGAUCUCGUGUCAAUGGCAGUGCGCAAGGCUCGACUCGACGUUCCGUACUCUUACGAGGAAUUUCUUUCUAUAAAGUAGUGAGAAAGUGGUGAGAAAGGUCGAUCUAAAGAUCGACGAUUACUUAAAGCUAUGACGAAGAUGAAAUAAUGAGUAGAAGAGGACGAUGUUGAGGAAGGAUCAAAACGAACAAAAAGUAACAAUUCGAUCUUGCAAUCCAAGAGACUUUUUUUCGUAAUCGAAAUAUCCUCGAGAGAUUUUAAUUUGGUGAAAAAGAAGAAGGAAAAAAAAACUGAAGAAAAAAGAAAUGAGGUGUUGGUGGUAUUCAAAUAAGAUGAAGAACAUCCUCACUGAAACAACGAAGACACUUUCCUGUUUGGAAUGUGUUUGAGAAGAAAGAACGCCAUGUACCCCUGUAUACAUACUUUUAUCAACAUUCCAACAUCGAAUUGUCAGUGAUAAUUUAGAAAACAUCGUCAUAAAGUUAAAAUCUUUCUUUUUUUUUCUUUAGGCAAGCGCAUUUGAGUGUACCGAAAAACGUCGAUGAAGGAUCGUUGUGGUCUCCUUUUGUACACUAGUUGUAGGGGGUGAACUCAACGAUAUCGAGGACGGUCGAUCAAAGUAAUUACGACGUAGUGCAAGCGAAAUUUUCAAGAGAGAAAGAGAGAGAGAGUGAGAGAGAGAGAGAAAACAUUCGUGUGGUAGAAGAUUGACAAGAUAUUUAACGGCCUUGUUCAUGAUUUACGGAACAUUAGCUGUGACGGAGGAGUCAACUGCAACCACGGGGGCUACUUGGCUUCGCAAUAUCACCAUCCAAGGAGAGAUGAGCAGUAGUAGCGGAAGUUUUGGGGUUGGUGUUGGCGUCGGCGUCGCCGGUGGACCAACACUUGCUGCGGCACAACAGAGUCAAGGUGUCGCAGCUUUGUUGGUGAUGCUUGCCGUAUUGUGUUUUAUUUUUGCUUACUGUUGUUGGGGUGCCCCGUUCUGUAGAUCGCUUUGUAGACGACAUUGCUGUUGUCGUUUGGAGGAUCCUGAACCAGAUUCACGUUUUGGUAAUAGCGAUCAGACGAUGGUUGCUACACCAACGAUCAUUCUUUUACCACAUGGUAGAAUGCUCGUGGUUGAUGGUACUAUGUUCACACAAUUUCAAGCCGAUCCUACUGGUUUGGAUUUGGUUGAAUUGGGUGAUAGUGUACUACGUGCACAAAGAAAUCCACGAAGUAUUAAUCGACAUCAGUUGCAAAACAGUCAGGGUAGUAUAUUGGAAAUGGAUGCUGAAACUCCUAGCAAAGAUAGUUUAGGAUCUAUAGCAUGUUUUCCACCGCCUACUUAUGAAAGCAUUUACGGCAAAGAAGAGACUGAUAUGCCACCCUCGUAUUCCGACAUUCUAUUGCAUAGGUUUGCUAAUCUUCCUCAUGAGCUGGAUUUUUGUCGUAACGAUAAAGAAGAAAUCGAAAUGCAAAGUUUAGAGGGUUGUCCUCAUAUAGUUGGUAAUCCCAUGAACGUAUUGACCUACCCUUAUGCAACAGUAACGAGUUUCUCUAGUCAAAGUUUCCCACGAAGGAACGUCUCGAGAAAUCCAUCGAUCAUCAGUAAUCCCUUGGAUAAUUAUUACAUGGACAACGAUUUAGGGCUAUAUAGAUUAAGUCAAGAAAUGGGUCAUCGUGUUUCAAGCAACACGAACUUAAGUACUUAUAGAACUUCGCAUGAUGAUAUUACGUUCCAAUUGUUUCAUGAGAAUGAAAAUCACCAAAGAGAAAAUUUAAUAGAUAACGAGAAUCAUCGGUCGAAUUCACAAAAUGUUAAUCGAAACAAUGAACAAAGAUAUACCCAUAGGGUGGAUGAAACAACAAACCCUUCUGAGAACACACCAACGGAAAAUGAUAUAAUGAAUACGAGGAAUCGUGCACGAAGUAUCUCGCGGAUAAGUAACGAUAGUAAUACAAAUAGAGAACGUGUUUCAAGAGACAACGAUCAAGCUGGUGUUGCUUUUGUCAGACACGUUAAUUCUCACGAAAUGGAGACUUCCCUUGAUGUUCCGCAUGAAAUGUGCAACGUAAAUAGGGUAAACGAAAUGUCUCAAGCGCAAUUAUAUCGUGGAGAACAAUCGAUUGCAAGAAAUGUUCAUUUUCAAAAUACACAAACUAACGAAAUCAACCAAAACAACGAAGCUAGUCCAAAUAUAAGGUAUCUUCAUAGAAGCAGGCGAAGCGAGAAUGAAAGUAGAACGCAAAAUGCUGACAGCGAGUCUGGAUAUUCUGAUGACGAUGCUGGUAAUUUUGGUGCUCUUGCUGAUAUUCGCGAGAGUAGGGUCUGAUGAAAUAUUGCCAAUUGAACGAUAAGUUUUUAGGAAAUUCUACGCUAACAUCGCGCCCUACUUUUACUUAUUUUAUAUAAUUUCAAAAUUCCUUCGUUUUUCUGAUACACUUAACUCUAACGAUAACGCACACGCAGUAGUAUAGAGUAGUAACUAACGAAAUAAUUAAUAAAUGCUGAUAAAAGUUCUUCAAAUUUAUAUGAAAGAUUUUUACGAUUAUCAAGGGAAAGGAAAUAUUUACGCAUUUCUUAUAAAAAAAAAAAAAAAAACAUACUGUUUUUCUUUAUAUAACUUGUAUAAAUUAAAUAUAUUAUUAUUCGAAAUGCUUAAAAAAUAGAUCAUUUUUAAUCAAUAUUUAUUAUCAUAUAUAUAUUUAUUGCGAGUGAAAUCAUUCUGUUGAUAUGAAAUAUCAAAUUUCAAGUUACAACCCUUUCUACUCGAUGUGCGAUUAUAUAAGUGAUAUACAUAUAUGUAUAUACAUGUAUUAUGUUGCAUUGCAUUAAGCAAUAAUAGUACACUUCCUUUAAAAUUUGGUGAAUAUUAUUAAAUAUCACUAUUAAAUGUCAUACCUAAUAAUUGAUAAAUUUUUACCUAGAAUCUGUUAAAUAAUAUUAUAUUCUCUCCAAAAAUAAGAUUACUUUAAUAAAAAAUUGCUUGAAAUUUUGGCGCUAAACAGUCCAGGUACGCCUGACAAUAUCUUUUAAUAGAUAAUAACGGAAGUGUAUGGUGAUAUCAGUAUCAAUUAAUUUAAAGACUCAGUAAACUUAUGUGUACUAGUACAGUGCCUAAUAUUUUUCUUUAUACAUUUUAUUAUAGAACAAUUGUUUUUGUUAAACUAUUUUCAAAAAAUCUACAUUUUACAAUGUAUACAUUUUGCACAAAAAAAUAUUUUAAUUAUUAUUUCAUAAAUAUUGGAAAAAAAUGUCUAUAUAUUAUGUUAAUAAAUUGUUAUAAAAAAUUAAUUUAAUCAUGCUUAAAAUCAGAUUUAAUGGAACUAGAACAGAAUGUAAAAUAAAUAUAAAUUGAAAUUGUUAUCAGGAAAAAAGUUGUUAUAAAAAUAAACAUCUAUAAAAACAAUAAAUUUUUGAAUAUUACACAAGAACCUUGAGUAUUCAAUUAUGUGUAAUAUAACAAGCAUUAAGUUGUUGUCAUGAUAAUGUUAGUUCAGUCCGUCCACAGAAAUCUGUGCAUGCACUAUAUUCGGCUUAACAUCUUCAGAAUUUUGUAUAAAUCAUAAAAUAUAAUAUGAAAAAAUGUAUAUUUUCCAUUUAUGUUAUUAUUUGUGUAAGUUUACUACUCUAUAGUUAUGAAUUCUUUUUGUUUUAUUUGAAGAAACAAAAAAAUGACUAUCAAAUUAAAAAAAACAGGAAUAAGAUUGAUACUUUAAGAAUACUUGACCAUAAUAUGAUACAUAAACUAAUAAAAAGUCAUUACUACAAGACCAUAAACAUGCACCAUAAAUGAAUUGAUUUCACAUGAAGUCAAAUGUGUAUUAUAAUUAUAAUUUAUACAGAGAAAUUAUAUACUAUACACAUUAUCAUUGUUAGCAUGUAGUUUACAAAGGAUUAUUGAACAGGCGUUAUUAAAUAAAAUAAAAAAUUUAAUAAGAGAUCUAUAAUUUUAUGAUCAUUUGGUCUCCUAAAAAUUUAUAAUAUUUUAGACAUUUUUAUAUAAUUUAUAAAAUUAUUUUUAUAUUUCUAUUCAUCACUAUCUAUAUCUUCAGGGGUUGAAGAAUCUUCAUCAUUUAGUUGCUUUUUAUCCCAAUCUUUUAACUUUGCUCCCAUAACAAAAUCAUCUCGCAAGACAGACCAAACUUUGUCCUCUUUCUAUAUAAAAUAUUAUAUUAUGGAAUUAUACAAGAAAUUAUCAAAUUAUGUUGUAGUUUUAACUUAUAAGUUUACUUAUAAGUUAACUUAUAAUUCUAAAUAAGUAAAUUAAUAAAGUAAAUUUAUUAUUAUAGUAUAAAACUUCAUAACAGACAGAAAAAGUAAACUUACAUUUUCUUCAUUAUUUCUCUUUUCUUCUUCUUGGCACUCGAUACUCUUGUCGACAGGAAUACUUUUUGAUUCUCCCAUAAGUACAUCCAAAAAUGCGCGUUUGUCAAUAUUUUUUAAUACCUGUUCACGUUUUCUUUCUAAAGGUCCAGCAUUCAAUAAUUUCUGAUUUGUCUGUGUUUGUUGUUGCCUUACUGCAUUAAAUAAUUGUACUACACCUCUAACAUACAGUUCAAAAUUUGUUUAAGAAACUGAAUAGAUAAUAUUAUCUUAAUAAUAAAUAAUAAAAAUUACUUUGUUGCAAUUUUUUGUAGAAGUUUCUCAUGUUCUCUAUCAGUAAUAGAUGGUUUCACUCUUAUUCCCAAAUUAUCCUUUUGUUUUUGUUUUCUUUUUGUCAACGAUAGGUUCUCUUUACCUUCGAUAGUUUCUAAUUUUUCUUCCUCUUUUGUAACUGCAUCAGUUUCUAAAGAUGAACUGUCUUUUUUUCUCACUAUGUCGUUAUACUUUUUAGCUUUAGACAACACAAUUGUCCUUUUUCUUUUCGGCUUAUUUGUUUUUAAAAUUUUUUGGAGAGCAUCUGCCCAGCCAGGAUUAGAUUCCGUAGUUGUCAUUAUUAAAGUUGAUAUAAACAAUAUUAUACUUUUAAAUCACGAUUUAAUUAUUUUUUUAAAUUAUAUACACUGAUAAUCACUAUAUUAAUUGUGGUCUGAGAUCUCUUACAAAAUAGAAAUUAUAAAUUUCUCCAAUAUAUAGGUUAGAAAUUUCAAUCUGAUAUAUUUGGAUAAAUUAAUAUGAUAAAAUAAACAUAUACGAUGAUAAUAACAUAAAACUAAUAUUAAUAAAUUAUUAGACUAAUCACCCAAGUACUCUAAUGUAUACUUUUCUUUACUUUUCUAUCAGCACGUGCUAUCGACGUUAAACACUAGAGUGAUCAAUUCUUCAUUUACGACAGAGGAAAUCAAUAUAGAGUAUUAUUUAAAACAAGAUUGGUUGGCGCGAAAUUUAAAUAUUGAAAUUUUUGCAAUUUCAAUUUGUUUUACAAAAAAAGGUUAAUACAUA